AUGGAGGCCCCUCCAACGGCAAGCCACAGUUGGACACUCAAGCUCCCGUUCCACAGUGGAAACCCGGGACAGCAGGAACAGCAACAAGGAUACCUGUACGCCGGGAAACAGUGCCUUGUGGAGCGGCUACCAGGUGGCUUCAAUCCAACGUUCGAGAAACAAAGCAGCAAUGGCAAUGGCCGUAGGAAAGCUCAAGAAUGCCCCACGGGCUUGUUCUUGACCCUAUCAAACGACGGCGGUGACGACGACAUGCAGACUAUUGCAACGUCUAUGAUAGCACACGCCACCGCAUCGACUGCCUCUCCCGAAGUCACUGACGAUCACGAAUCCGUGGCAACUCCCAGCGAAUGUACUUCCGACCAAGUCCGCAUAGUCGACAACGAUGCGGCCAAUGACGACGACUUCCGCGGCAUCGGUGACUGCUUUGGCGGCCUCAAGUUCAAGGGCCAGCUAGGCAUCGAGCUGCACCCGCCGUUCGACCGCGACGCAACCGCCAACGACCAGCACCACUGGAAGAGUCUGGCAGAUGAGCAAGAUGAAGCUAGCGAACACUGGGAGCGCACCAGUUUUGAAGCACCACACAUGCCUGGCCCAUUCGAACCGGCCCCCUCUUUAGUCACCGACUGCUCGACGGUCGAAUCAGAAACCAUCGCCACGCAUCAGUACCCGAUAGGUGUUUCUGCCCUUCCUCUCGAUAACCAACGUGCCCGACCGCCCAAGCCCUGUUUCCCGACCACCUAUGGGCCUGUUUAUGUUGAGGAAACCGACAAGAGAAGAGGAGCGUCACAUCCACGCCUUCAAGAGGUGCCACUUGGCACGCCGUCCCAAUACACAGGCCAACGCAGGGGCGGACGCAGCGGUCGUGGCGGUACCGGCGGCGGUCGCGGCAGAGGAGUAACAGCAUCUAGCAGUACGUCUCACGCACAUGCUACUACAUCCUCCUGGUCGUCAAGCUCUGAGGCCACUGGCGAGCUCAAACGAAGGCGCGAGGACGAUGAAGAGGAUGGCGACCCGGCGAGGGAUGACCAAGGCAAUAGGGAGCCAUCCAAACGGGCGAAGCCCAACGGCGCCGGGAAAAGACGUCUGGCCUGUCCAUUUCUGAGACGAGACCCAAAGAAGUUCAUCCAUUGCAUAGUGUAUCACAUCAAAACUACUGGAGACCUGAAACAACACCUCAAGCGACGCCACUAUGCCCCGAUUCAUUGCCCUGUCUGCAGUGAAGUAUUCGAGAGCCGAGCGUUAUACGAUGAACACGUUAGACGUCAAGGCUGCCAGCAAAACGACCCUACAGCAUAUGACAUCAGCGAAAACACGCAGAAGCUUCUCGAGCUGCCUCUUCGGGAUCCAGACGAAAGCGGUCGAUGGUACCAGAUCUGGGACAUCCUGUUCCCUGACAUGAAGCAUCAGCGUCCUCUGAAUCCAUUCCAGGCCGAUAUUUGGGCGGAAAUCUGGUCCAUUGUCUGCAAUCAGGUCCACCAUCAUUCGCCCGGCCUGACACACAGGUUUGUUGGGAAUGGCUGUUCGCAGGCCAUCGCCCAGGCCAACAUCCGAGAAUUCGUUACUUGGGCACGGCGCAUGGGUGAAGAGGCGACCGGUGUGCCUUCGGUACUUGACGAAAGUCAUCGCGCCGCUGUAGGCGGCAUAUCGGGCAUGGGCGACAGCGCUAGCCAAGCACCUAUGAACAACACGACUUCAGUCCAGGUCCAGUUUGGUAACAGUGACUCGUCGUUCGAGCUUUUGCCAGUGGCUGAGUCGGCUCCGAGCCACGCCGCAAUGCCUCCUGGCCUCAGCCUUUUUGGAUCGCCCGAUCCCACCUUAUAUUUUCCCCUUCUAGGCUACGAACACGACGAUCAUGGUGUUAUCGACUUGGAAAACAUCAAUCUGGACCAGUUCUUGCCGGCAGAGUUCGACGAGACGUAG